AUGGCGGAUCACCAAGUAUUCAAGAGCCCGUACUAUGUGCCAAGCUCUGAGCAAAAGUCAUCCGGAAAGGCACUGUUUAACCUGAGUUGCAGCCAUCUAAAUCUUGCCGAAAAGGAAUAUUUUGGAUUAGAAUUCUGCAGCCAUUCUGGAAAUAAUGUUUGGUUGGAACUUCUGAAGCCCAUAACAAAGCAAGUAAAAAUGGACCCUGGACAUCUUCGGGAAGAACUUACAAGGUAUCUUUUUACUCUUCAAAUAAAGAAGGAUUUGGCUGUAGGAAGACUUCCAUGCAGUGACAACUGUACAGCAUUGAUGGUAUCUCACAUCUUACAAUCAGAGCUAGGAGACUUUCAUGAAGAAACAGAUAGGAAACAUCUGGCACAAACCCGGUACUUACCAAACCAAGACUGUUUAGAGAGCAAGAUCAUGCAUUUUCAUCAGAAGCACAUCGGCAGGAGCCCAGCUGAAUCUGACAUUCUGCUGCUGGACAUAGCGAGGAAGCUGGAUAUGUAUGGCAUCAGGCCUCACCCCGCCAGUGAUGGCGAAGGGAUGCAGAUUCACCUGGCUGUGGCUCACAUGGGAGUACUCGUGUUACGGGGAAAUACAAAGAUCAAUACCUUUAACUGGGCUAAAAUCCGCAAGUUGAGUUUUAAGAGAAAGCAUUUUCUCAUCAAACUUCACGCCAAUAUCUUGGUGUUGUGCAAAGACACCUUGGAGUUCACCAUGGCCAGCCGAGAUGCCUGCAAGGCUUUCUGGAAGACUUGUGUAGAAUACCAUGCUUUCUUCAGGCUCUCUGAAGAGCCCAAAUCAAAGCCCAAAACCCUACUCUGCAGCAAGGGUUCCAGUUUCCGCUAUAGUGGAAGAACCCAAAGGCAACUUUUGGAAUAUGGGAAAAAAGGGAGGUUGAAGAGCUUACCAUUUGAAAGGAAACAUUACCCGUCUCAGUACCAUGAACGACAGUGCAGGUCCUCGCCAGACCUCCUCUCUGAUGUGUCAAAACAAGUGGAAGAAUUGGGGCUAACAUAUGGCAGUGGGUACUACCGAAACGUGAAUGGAGUGCAUGCAUCUGAGCCUGUGCUAGACAGCAGGAGGAGGAACUCUGCAGUGGAGGUGACAUUUGCAGCUGAGCUGGAGCGUUCCAAACCGGAGGCAGAUCCCACAUCAUUACAGCAGUCCCAAAGCAGUUCUUCUUUCCAUUUUAUUUACACAGACCCUGUCUUUAACACUGAUCCUGAUCCCAGAGACUUUUUUGAAGAGAGGAGUCCUCUAAGCUCCUUCCAAACAAGCCGUAAGUUUGCUGACAAUCACAUGGGCACAUCUUCUGGCCUCAUGAGCAAAGUGAGCCCAGCAAGGCAGCUAACUUACACAGAUGUCCCCUAUAUUCCUUGUACCAGUCAGCAAGUUGAUAUCAUACCUCCCCAAGUCUUUUUUUAUGUGGACAAGCCACCCCAGGUGCCCAGACGAUCUCCAAUCAUGGCAGAGGAAAGGGUAAGACCAGAAAGUUAUAUAGAGCCCACUGCAAUAAAGUCAGCCAAAAGAAGCCCAAGAAAUAUCCGAAUGAAGAGCUUUCAGCAAGACCUUCAAGAACUCCAAGAAACCAUGGGCAGGACUAGUGGUAAGAGCAACAUCAAUGUAGAUCUAGAAGAGGAAGACCCAAAUUUGGAAGAUGCAUUUGCAUAUAACAUUCAAGAGCAAACCCCUAAACGGUCCCAGAGCCAAUCAGACAUGAAAACUAUUCGUUUUCCUUUUGGGUCAGAAUUUAGACCUUUAGGGCCGUGUCCUUCUCUGAGUCGUAAAGCAGACCUGUUUACAUGCAUGUUUGCAGAGCAGGAGUUUCCAGCGGUUCUAGUGGAUCAGAGUAGAGCAGAAAGGUAUGUAGCUAGUGAAUCCAGUGAUUCUGAAUCAGAGAUUCUGAAACCAGACUACUACUCUUUGUAUGGCAAAGGAAUAAGGUCACCCAUGGCCAGAAUCCGCUUGUCUUCUGGUAGUCUACAGCUAGAUGAAGAAGAGGAAGAUGUUUCUUUCAACACACCAACUGCUGAAGACAGGACUUUGCUAAAACCAUGUAAUUACUUUUUAGCUUAA